AUGUCUCCCUUUCAAGCAUUAUAUGGAUAUGCUCCUCCUCAUCUGGUUUUUCCCAUUCCUUCUUCUACUUCUGUUGCUACUGUAGAGAACUACUUGCAGGAAAGAGACAUUAUGUUGCAAUUGUUGAAGGAAGAACUGUCCAAGGCACAAAGUAGAAUGAAAUUUUUUGCAGAUAAAAAUAGGUCUGACAGAAACUUUGAAAUGGGUGACUUAGUUUUCUUGAAGCUACAGCCUUAUAUGAAAACAUCAUUUGCUGUGAGAAAGAAUUUCAAGCUCAUACAAAGAAUUGGAGUUGUUGCUUAUAAACUCAAGCUUCCUGUGGGGUCUAGAAUCCAUCCAGUAUUUCAUGUCUCUCAACUAAAUAAGAAGAUUGGAUUGCAAGCUGUUCUCUCACCUCAACUUCCACUCGUGGACCAUGCAGGUAAGUUUUUAAUUAAACCUGUUGCUAUUUUGGACAUUAGAACUACUUUCGGAGGCACAACUCAAAUUCCACAAGUCUUGGUACAAUGGUGCAACUCAGAACUUGCAGACUCAACAUGGGAGGAUGCUGCUCAUAUACAAGCUUAG